AUGGAUCCAGGCCAUGGCCCUCCCUGCUCGUCCCUCCAUCCCCUCUACGACGGUGAAGACGAGGCCAUAGCACUCGCCUCCCCCAUGAGCUCCAGGCAUGAGGUCCAAGACCCGCCUCAUCCAGAUCGGGCCGCGGUGUCGCGCCACCACCACGUGAACCCAGCUGCCUCCUCCGCCAUUGACAACAUCCACACGGACGACCAUGCACCACCAACACCACCACCUCUCCCCCCGUCACUCGGCUACAUGGAGGACGUGUAG